UAUCAGAACGUCGGCAGUGCUGUUACCAUGGAGACUGCCAAGCGAGGCUUGGUGAAUGUGCUAGCGUCUGGCAGCAGCUCCAUCUCAGUCUCCGUCUCAGAGCAGAGAGAGAACAGCAUCAACAACAGCAUGCCAGUCCGGGCUCCUUUAACCACCUUGUUCCUCCACACCGUGACAGGCCUUCCUUCACUCCCCCAAACUCAGCCAGCUGCCUCCCAGGACUCUACGACCCUCCGUCUGUCCAUCCCUGCCCUGGGCUCCAUUCCUCAGCAGGACUCCACAGGCUCCCUACCCUUCCUGACUCUCCACCUCCCGUCCUGGUUGCAGCUCCAUCAGCAGGCCCCACCAUCAGGACUGAGGGCCUCUGUGUCUGUGUCUGCAGCCAGACCCACCAGGUCUGCUGGGAAGCACCUGUGUCCUCACUGCGGCCGUGACUGUAUGAAGCCCAGUGUCCUGGAGAAACACAUGCGCUGCCACACCGGGGAGCGGCCCUACCCCUGCACCACCUGCGGCAUCUCUUUCAAGACCCAGAGCAACCUCUACAAGCACCGCCGCACACAGGCCCACGCACGCCUCUGCUCCGGGUCGCUGGGCAGUCUACAAGGUCACUCAUCCCUGAGCAGCUUGGACAGUCUGCAGGGCCAUUCCUCAGUGAGCAGCUUGGACAGUCUGCAAGGUCACUCAUCCCUUGGAUCGUUGGACAGUCUGGGCAGUCUGCAGGGCCAUUCCUCCCUGGGCAGUCUGGGCAGUCUGCAGGGCCAUUCCUCCCUGAGCAGCUUGGACAGUCUACAGGGCCAUUCCUCCCUGGGCAGUCUGGACAGUCUGCAGGGCCACAGUCUACAGGGAAAUCGUCUGCAAGGUCACCAGGACAGUCUGUGCAGUUUACAGGGUUCCAGGGAUUCCCUCACCUCCAGCCCUUCUCUAGAUACCCUCAGCCAGGACCCAGGCAGUCUGGAUAAUGGCAGCUCUCUCCCUGCUACCACCACCACCACCCCCUCCCCCAGCCUUGGCCAGAGGAGUCGGAUAGACACAGGCAGAGACACAGACACAGGCUGGGACCUGCAUAAGGCUGGGUUAGAGGGUAUCCUCCUGGCUCCUGGGGAGAACCAGAGUAUAGAGUUAUCCAAGAGGAGGAGAGAAGCGGAGGAAGCGAGGGAUGAACAGAGAGAGAGCAGGAAGGAUCAAGAUAGAGAGAAGCCACUGUUGACCCCGUCCCGUCACCUCCCGCUCCGGAGACAGCAGGCUGCCAUCUUUUCUCAGUGGGAGGGUUCUCUGGCCAGGGGGAUGGCCCAGAACCAAGACAGCUUCCUGUCUAGAGGGAAGAUCCAGAGCCACGACAGCACCGACUCCAGCUACAGCGAGACCUCCAGCCCUGGGUCUGGACCGUACAACCACAGCCAUGGGUCUGGACCGUACAACCACAGCCAUGGGUCUGGACCGUACAACCACAGCCCUGGGUCUGGACCGUACAACCACAGCCCUGGGUCUGAACCACACAACCACAGCCCUGGGUCUAAACCACACAACCACAGCAUGGAGUCAGUCGCAGAGUCUUGUAUGGAGAUAAUGGACCAGCCAGACACCUUCCACACACAGCCUGAUCAAACCAACACCACACACACACAGCCUGAUCAAACCAACACCACACACACACAUACACCCACACAGCCUUCACCCACACAGAUCAACACCACUUACACACACUCACAGGUAAACGCCACACACACACCUACACGGCCAGACCUCACCGUGUCUCAGCCCAGGAGCACAGUCUCAGUCCAGGCCCAGCAGAGUCUUGAGGAGAGAAUCUCCAAGCUGAUCUCAGAGAACGACGCGGUGGUGGAGGACAAACACCUGAACACGGUCCGACCCAGGAAGACCCUCCUGUCCAAACAGGGCAGCAUCGACCUGCCCAUGCCCUACACCUACAAAGACUCCUUCCACUUCGAUAUGAGGAACAGCAGCAGGCCUCCUACAGCCAGCGCUGGGCUGGCCUGGCAGAGAGGGGAGAGGGGAGGAGGGAGGCCAGGUCUGUAUAGUUCGGUCCCUACCCAGACCUCCACCAGCCUAGAGCAGGGUCAUCAUGCCCCACUGGCCCGCAGUAGCUCCCUGCCCCACAAUGUGGGUCUCCAGGGUACAGACAGAGCCGGCUCAGCCUCUCCUCACCACUCCCAUCCUCACCACAGAGACUGGCCACACCUGGGCCGUAAGGGCAGCUCUGGACUACUUUACCCAGUAGGCUUUGCCACCAAGUCUGUGGACCAUCAUGCAUCAGGCCACCGCCCACUGGUCAGACAGGCGGCCGUGGACAGCCUCCCGACGGACGGACCGAUGACGUUAGCAGCAGGCGACAAUCUCAUUCCCUGCGGUCUCGGCUCAGAUGGCGACGGAGGCGUGGAUGGAGAGCUGAGCAGAAAGAGUCAUAGGAAGAAGUCCCAGAAGUUUGCCUACAGUAAGUGGUACAAGUAUGGAGGAGGAGGAGGGACGUUCACAAAGCUCUACAGCCCAGAGAAGGCAGCUGAUCCGGGGGUUUUGAAGGCUAAGAGGUCCUUAGCUGGUCUGGAGCCGGAGCGGGUCCUGGGAGUUCAGAGAGGCUCAGCAGUCUGCACAGACCUGGGUAACAUCACUGGUCUCAAGUAGUGCACUGUGUGUCAUCCAUCCCGUCUCCGAGACAACCUUUCACCUGUCAAUCACUUAUAUCUCCCACCCAGUCAUCUCCAUACCACACACACUUCUUCUCUCAAACAUCCCCUCCAGAGAGCCCAGUCAGUCUCAACAGAAGCGUUUUCUAACAGGACUGACUGUGUGUCUAUGACGGUGACCCACCAGCAGAAACACACAAACUGUGUGUCACAACGAUGUGGAAGUCACAUUCCCUCAGAGAGGAAGAAGCAGAAGAUUGAGAAUAACGUCUGUCUUCUGGAGGGAGGAAGAGGCCUAAACAACAGCAGUAAACUGAACCAACUGCCUGGCCUGAACCAACCCUCAUCCUCAGUCAGAGGUGGGAUGGCCAAGCCCUCCUCCUCCUCUGAUUCAGCCAAGACCAGUUUCCUCCCUAAGUACCAGUUGAGGCUUCCAAGAGCAGAGACAGACUCAGGGCCUGCAGGCCUCACCCCAACACAACCUAGAGGAACCAUCAGCCCUAUCAGUGCUUCAUCAGUCAUAGGCUUAGCACAGGGUCAGUGCAGGUCUGCUACGCCUGUCACAGCCUUAGUACAAAGCCAGUCUGCUACGCCUGUUUCUGUUCAGAGUCAGCAUGUCAAACCGUCCAUAGCGUUGAUGCAAAGUCAGUCUGAGGAGAACCAAUAUGCCACACCACUCUCUGCUUCAGUACAGAGUCACCAUGCCACACCACUCUCUGCUUCAGUUCAGAGUCACCAUCUCACACCACUCUCUGCUUCAGUUCAGAGUCACCAUGCCACACCACUCUCUGCUUUAAUUCAGAGUCACCAUGCUACACCACUCUCUGCUUCAGUUCAGAGUCACCAUGCCACACCACUCUCUGCUUCAGUUCAGAGUCACCAUGCCACACCCCUCUCUGCUUCAGUUCAGAGUCACCAUGCCACACCACUCUCUGCUUCAAUUCAGAGUCACCAUGCCACACCACUCUCUGCUUCAGUCCAGAGUCACCAUGCCACACCACUCUCUGCUUCAGUUCAGAGUCACCAUGCCACACUACUCUCUGCUUCAGUCCAGAGUCACCAUGCCACACCACUCUCUGCUUCAGUUCAGAGUCACCAUGCCACACCACUCUCUGCUUCAAUUCAGAGUCACCAUGCCACACCACUCUCUGCUUCAGUUCAGAGCAUGCCCUUGAAAAUGUCAGUAUAUGGUCAGUCUGCUACACCCAACACCACUUCCACACCAACCCCCCACCCUGCUCUCAUAGUCGCAGACCAUGUCAACCCUCUAAAUGAUGUUACUACAGAGGUCAACCCUGCUGCUGCACCAUGUCAUCCUACAGCAGCUUUAGCAUGCCAUGCUAUUCCAUUCACUAAAACACAGUCAUCUCCAUACUAUCCAUCAGUAGCAUACCCUGCUAUACCAUUCACUGUCAGUCACAGCAGCCAGCCAGAGGGGCGGAAAGUGUUCCAUGUGCGGACAGCGGACCUCCACAUCUGUCUCCAGCUCAUCUCAGACGAACAGCUGGCGCUUAUAGAGCCUCAGAUAGAACGACAGGAUAUGACAUCAGAGCCUCAGAUAGAGAAACAGGAUAUGACAUCAGAGCCUCAGAUAGAGAAACAGGAUAUGACAUCAGAGCCUCAGAUAGAGAAACAGGAUAUGACAUCAGAGCUUCAGAUAGAGAAACAGGAUAUGACAUCAGAGACUCAGAUAGAGAAACAGGAUAUGACAUCAGAGCCUCAGAUAGAGAAACAGGAUAUGACAUCAGAGCCUUCUCAUGGUCAGCAUCAUGGAACGAUGGGAGUAGCGGUGGAUCCAGUAGGAACCACAACCAAAAAGGAAGCCUUCCAAACCAGCUCAUGUGUUCUACCUGACACUGAAACACAUGGGGGGACAGUAAAGGAUGUAACACACAGGAGGACAGCAAAGCACGUGACACAGGAAGUCACUGGACCUCUGGACCCAGUAGAACCUUCUUCAUCACAGCAUGAGAACAACAGAGGUUUCUCUGGCGAUGAAGAGUGCCAGCAUUUAGCAGCAGUAUGUUGUCAUGACCAGGACCAGCUCUCAACAGACACCCCGUCUAGUCCUGUAACUCCUCGUACUCAGACUGACAGAUCAGAGAUGAUGGAAGCUGCUCCUCUGACCAACACAGAGCAGCAACUGUCUCAUAAUGGUUAUGUUUCACCUGAACCACCUGACCCAGGACUACCUUUCCAGAACGACCCAGACACCAACACCGUCCUAGAGACUCCAGGAUUAUAUCCUCAGAACCACCCAGACACCAACACCGUCCUAGAGACUCCAGGAUUAUAUCCUCAGAACCACCCAGACUCCAACACCGUCCUAGAGACUCCAGGAUUAUAUUCUCAGAACCACCCAGACUCCAACACCGUCCUAGAGACUCCAGGAUUAUAUCCUCAGAACCACCCAGACACCAACACCGUCCUAGAGACUCCAGGAUUAUAUCCUCAGAACCACCCAGACUCCAACACCGUCCUAGAGACUCCAGAACUAUCUUUCCAGAACCACCCAGACACCAACACCGUCCUAGAGACUCCAGAACUAUCUCCUCAGAACCACCCAGACACUGUCAACAUGACACCAGCUCUGCCUCUCAACCGGGGUACCCAGUCUAGAACUCUCCAGAAACACCCAGACACCAACAUGGUCACAGGGCUUCUUCAGAACCACAUAGACACUAGCAACGUGGCUCCAGUGACUCUAUCUCUGCCUCAGAACCACACCAACGUGGGUCCAGUGAGUCUAUUUCUCCCUCCGAGGACAUCAGGUGGUGUAGCGUCAGCUGCUGCCUCUCUGGGAGGAGUGGAACCAGCCAGGAGUCAGACAGACAGAGGAGAAGAACAAGGCCUCCCUCUGCGCCUCCUCCCAGAGGAGCACCUCCUCCUUUCUUCAGACAGGACAGUCAGUGAAGGGGUCAGCCCCUCUCAUCAGGACUGGUCUGAACAGGGCCUUGAUACUACUGAGAACAGUAUUGUCAUCCUCCCUAGCAGCACUGCUUCAUCUCCGUACAAUCAUGUGUCGGAUAGUCCUGGAGAAGCCAUCUCAGCUGGACCAUUGGUCUGUAAUGGUCUGCUACCUGGAGAACCCAACUCAGCUGGACCAUUGGUCUGUAAUGGUCUGCUACCUGGAGAACCCAACUCAGCUGGACCAUUGGUCUGUAAUGGUCUGCUACCUGGAGAAGCCAUCUCAGCUGGACCAUUGGUCUGUAAUGGUCUGCUACCUGGAGAAGCCAACUCAGCUGGACCAUUGGUCUGUAAUGGUCUGCUACCUGGAGAAGCCAUCUCAGCUGGACCAUUGGUCUGUAAUGGUCUGCUACCUGGAGAAGCCAUCUCAGCUGCAGUCAACCACAGCCUCACAGCAGGAGCCAAGAAGAGCCUUGACAGAGGAGGAGAAGAGAGGGAGAAUCUGAAAGAUGAAGAGGUGUUGGAAGAGAGGGAGGAGAGAGAAGAGGUGUUGGAGGAGAGAAUGGAGAGAGAAGAGGUGUUGGAGGAGAGAAUGGAGAGAGAAGAGGUGUUGGAGGAGAGGGAGGACACAAGGGAAGCACCUGGCCAUACCUCACAUGGGUUUAGAGGAGAGGAUGAAGCAGAUUCACAUCACAGCAUCUGGACGCCGCUGCCAUCUUACCAUCAUCUAUAUCAGACACCAACCAGCGUGUCUCACAACUUUUCAAAGGCCCCUCAGCAACAGAUCAACUUAACCUCAGAAACAGACCCCUCAUAUAACCAACAGACCAGCUCCUUGCAUAACCCUGACCCCACCACCCUGACCCCAUCAUGGACAAGCCCUUCAGAUGACCCUGACCCCACCACCCUGACCCCAUCAUGGACAAGCUCUUCAAAUGACCCUGACCCCACCACCCUGACCCCACCAUGGACAAGCCCUUCAAAUGACCCUGACCCCACCACCCUGACCCCACCAUGGACAUGGACUAUGGACCCCACUGUGUGUCAUAGCACCCCAUCCUUUAGUGAUACCAGCAUCUUCAGCAGCUCACGGAUUCUGUCUAAGAUAGAGACAAACAGUGUCCUCCCCUCCAACCAACUUCAGAGCCACAGUGAGACCAGCAUGGUGUAUGAAUAUGUGAGAAGGGCAGGAAAUACACACCCCUUCCCUACAGCACAGUGUGUGAGCAGGGUUAGGGCCCCUACAGCACAGUGUGUGAGCAGGGUUAGGGCCCCUACAGCACAGUGUGUGAGCAGGGUUAGGGCCCCUACAGCACAGUGUGUGAGCAGGGUUAGGGCCCCUACAGCACAGUGUGUGAGCAGGGUUAGGGCCCCUACAGCACAGUGUGUGAGCAGGGUUAGGGCCCCUACAGCACAGUGUGUGAGCAGGGUUGGGGGGGUGCAGAGUAGCAGGGUUGGGGGGGUGCAGAGUAGCAGCCUGGAGGACCAAGAGGACAGUAGUGAUGAUGAAGGGAAACUGAUCAUUGAGCUUUAGACAGCAGUUAGAGUUACUACAUGGAAUACAGACAGACUGGA